GGCUUCAAUGGGUAUAAGAACUGGUCUGCAGCCUAUAACGGGGGGAAAAAAGCAGAAGUUACCAUUGGCAAGCUGGAAUCUGAUGCUAGAAGAAAAGAAAAUUGUUUGCAAUUCUUUUUUUGGUAUGAAGCUAGCUGAUCGCUUUUGUUCUAAUGUGAAGAGUUUAGUGUCCAUGGAUGAUCUGCGACUUGUUGGUAUGAAAUCACACGAUUGUCAUGCGCUGCUCCAUCACUUACUCCCUAUUGCAAUUCGUUCAGUAUUACAAAAGCCAGUUAGAUAUGCUAUCAUUAGAUUCUGUCUCUUCUUCAAAGCCAUCUGCAGUAAAGUCAUAGAUGUCGAAAAGCUGAAAAAAAUGCAAGCUGACCUUGUUGAAACAGUUUGUGAGCUUGAGAAAUUCUUCCCCCCUUCUUUCUUCGAUAUUAUGUUACAUCUUUCGGUGCAUCUUGUAAGAGAGGUUGAGCUCUGUGGCCCCGUUUUCUUUAGAUGGAUGUAUCCAUUUGAAAGGUACAUGAAGACUUUGAAGGGCUAUGUAAAGAACCGGAGACAUCCAGAAGGUUGCAUUGCUGAGUCGUACAUCGCUGAAGAAGCAGUGGAGUUUUUAGCAGAACGUAAUCUAGAUGAACCUACUAUUGGACUACCAGUAAGCGACAACUUUGAUAAUACAGAGACAUGCAGACCUUUAUCUGGUGCCACAGUGAUGAAUCCUGAUCGGAAGGAGUUGCAGCUAGCACAUUUAUGUGUCCUGCAGAAUACGGAUGAAGCAAGGCCUUAUUUUGAUGAACAUAUGGUAUUGUUGAAGCGUCUUUUUCCAAAUUUCGAAAAAAAUGAGAAGUGGUUAAAGGAGAAGCAGAAAAACCAUUGCUAAAUGGAUACAAGACAAGGUUGCAGCUGAACUUAUGGAUCACGAGAAUAAUGUUUCAGAACAUAUAAAGUGGAUUGCUGAUGGUCCUAAUCCCGAAGUACCUACAUUCAGUGGCUACAAGAUAGAUGGGGUUAACUUCAGCACCAAGGAUCGUGACGAUGUCCGUCAAGUUCAAUGCAGUGGUGUUUCCUUGUUCGCCAAUGCAAUGCUAGUCUCUAGUGCUAAGGAUAAGAAUCCCGUUAAUGAUGAUACAACUUUUUAUGGAGUCAUUAAAGAUAUAUGGGAGUUAGACUACCAUAGUUUUAGGGUACCUAUCUUCCAUUGUGAUUGGGUUGAUAUUGACAAGGGCAUUAGGAUAGAUGACCUGGGAUAUACAUUAGUCAAUUUGAAUAGGCUAGGUCAUUUCAAUGAUCCUUUCGUGUUAGGUACACAUGUGAAGCAGGUCUGCUACAUAGAUGACCCUCUUAACUCUAAUUGGUCAGUGGUUAUAAGAUGUCUGGAUAGGGAUUACCAUGGUGGUGAUGAUGAGGAGGUUGGA